CUAUCCACCUGCAGGAUCCGCUCCUCUCCACUCCACAUCGGAUCUCCUUUGCGCGCGGCUCGACCUCCGUCUCCAGGAGCAACUCUUUUGUUUUCUUUUUUAAAAUCACCUCCUCCACUGGGAAUAACGGGAUCUGUUGCUCCAGUUUAGGUGAACACCCGAAGUUGAGAGGGCUGCGUGAAGGUAAAUUAAAUCCGAGCUUUGUUGGGAUAAUCGGCCAGGAUUUGCGGCGGAUACGCCUGCGGACGGAGCAGCUCAAACAAUCUGGAUGGAUGGUUAUAAAUGUUCGCCGGCUUUAGCGCUGUAUUCCCCGGACGUGACUAAAAAAGGCUACUGCGGACACCCCUUCUCUUUUGUUAGCAGAGGGACAAUGUUGUGGGACAAACUGUCCUGGCUGUUGGCCCUGCUGGCCUUAUCGUCUGGGGGACUGCCUCCUUCCAACGAGCCUCUCUCAGCUCCCAGAAUCUUCCUGUCCUUCAAAGAGUUAAAGUCCACCGGUACAGCUCACCACUUCUCCUUUCUGCUCAACUCGACCGACUAUCGGAUCCUUCGCAUGGACGAGGACCACGACCGCAUGUAUGUGGGCAGCAAAGAUUAUAUUCUUUCUCUGGAUCUGCACGACAUCAACAAGGAGCCGCUCAUAAUCCACUGGCCUGUUGCAUCCCAGAGGAAGACUGAAUGCAUCUUGUCAGGGAAAGACAUAAACGGGGAGUGUGGAAACUUCAUCCGUCUGAUUGAGCCGUGGAACCGGACCCACCUGUAUGUGUGUGGAACCGGAGCUUACAAUCCCAUCUGCACAUUUGUGGACCGAGGACGCAGGUCACAGGGAUUCCAAAACCUUCGGGCAACUCAGUCAGGAGGGAGAACAAAUCGAGCAGCAGACUCCUUCACUACAUCAGAGCCUUUGAACACAAAGGAAUAUAUUUUCCGUCUGGAACCUGGAAAAGUGGAUUCUGGAAAAGGAAAAUGUCCCUAUGACCCUAAACUCAACAGUGUCUCGGCAUUGAUCAAUGGGGAGCUCUAUGCAGGAGUAUAUGUGGAUUUCAUGGGAACAGACUCUGCUAUCUUCCGUACUCUGGGGAAGCAGACAGCUAUGAGGACCGAUCAGUACAACUCCAGAUGGUUGAAUGAUCCCACUUUUGUUCAUGCACACCUCAUCCCAGACAGUGCUGAGAAGAAUGACGACAAGCUUUACUUCUUCUUCCGCGAGAAAGCCUCUGAGAUGGGCCAGAGUCCCAUGACACAAUCCAGGAUCGGUCGGAUCUGCCUGAACGACGAUGGCGGACACUGCUGUCUAGUCAACAAGUGGAGCACGUUUCUGAAGGCCCGUCUAAUCUGCUCUGUCCCUGGAGCGGACGGCAUUGAGACUCACUUCGAUGAGCUGCGAGAUGUGUACAUCCAGCCAACUCAAGACACCAAGAACCCAGUCAUCUAUGGAGUCUUCUCAGUUUCAGGAUCUGUGUUUAAAGGCUCGGCGGUGUGCGUGUACUCCAUGGCUGACAUCCGCAUGGUGUUCAACGGGCCGUUCGCCCACAAAGAAGGGCCCAACUAUCAGUGGGUGGCGUACCAGGGGAAAAUUCCUUACCCUCGACCUGGCACUUGUCCCGGAGGCACUUUUACUCCCAACAUGAAAUCCACCAAGGAUUACCCUGAUGAGGUUAUCAACUUCAUGAGAAAUCACCCCACUAUGUUCAAUGCUGUAUACCCGGUGCACAAGCGCCCCCUAGUGGUCAGAACAAACGUGGAUUAUGAGUUCACCACUAUUGCUGUGGACCAAGUGAGAGCUGCUGACGGGAGCUAUGAGGUGCUCUUCCUGGGCACAGAUCGUGGGACGGUCCAGAAAGUGAUUGUCCUGCCAAGAGAUGACCUGCAAACAGAGGAGCUGGUUCUAGAAGAAGUGGAAGUGUUCAAGGUUCCCACCUCAAUUACCACCAUGAAGAUCUCAUCAAAACGGCAACAACUGUAUGUGGGAUCUGUCCUGGGCGUGACCCAUCUAGCACUCCACCGCUGUGAUGUGUACGGGGAGGUCUGCGCUGACUGUUGUCUGGCCCGAGACCCGUAUUGCGCCUGGGAUGGAAAAUCCUGCUCCAGAUACUCUGCUUCACAGAAGAGACGAAGCCGCCGACAGGAUGUCAAGUACGGAAACCCGAUCCGCCAGUGCAGAGGGUAUAACUCUAACAACAAUAAGAACACUCUGGAGACGGUUCAGUACGGGGUGGAGGGAAGCACUACUUUUUUGGAGUGCCAGGCCCGCUCUCCGCACGUCUCUCUCAAGUGGCACCUGAUGAAGGAAAACAGUGAUAGAAGGAAAGAGAUCCGCUCAGAUGGUCGCAUCCUAAAAACGGAUCAGGGUCUCCUGAUCCGCUCCGUGCAGUCCUCCGACAGCGGCAUCUACCAUUGCACGUCCACAGAGAAAAACUUCAAGCACACUCUGGUGAAGCUGCAGCUCGUGGUCCUCUCCAGUCGCACCGUCAACAAUGUGCUAGUGGAGACGGGAAGUCCGGCCCUUCCUCCGCUCCAGUCCAGCGCCUGGACUCCGAGUGCAGGUCAGUACAAAGAUCUGCUGACCAUCUUGAGCCAGCCAGAGAUGGGCCUGAUCAACCAGUACUGCAAGGAUUACUGGCAGCAUGGAGACGGGAACCUUGGGGAAAGCAAAGCCAAGAGUAUGAAGGAGCUGAAAGAAGAGAAGAAGCCUCGCAACCGCCGGCAUCACGACGAUCAGACGAAUCCAGCCGAGACAUGAAGAGCUGAAUUACGUCCUGUCGCAUACCCAAAUGCCGCCCUUGUCCACCUUUAACUUCACAACCUCCCAGACACCACAACCCUCCAUUAAGAGCAAUGACUCUGGUUAGCUGACAACGCAACAGAAAGCAUCAAACUGUUUCCAUGUAACUGUUGGGGAAAAAUAUUUAUUGUAGGUUGUAAAAAAAUAAUUCUUUGUACCUAUAUAGACAUGUUUUUUGUGAAUAGAGAAAAUCUGUGCAAAUAUUGUUAUAUUAUUAUUAUCAUUAUUAUUAGUGUCAUCACAUUGUGUUAUCAUGAUGAGAAUAUCUUUCGUUUUGGAGCAACAAUUACCCAGAACUUUGCAGGGUGUGGACACAGACUCGUGAACUUAACUGCUGGAUCAACUGACUGCUGGCAGAAUUUAAGGUCAAAAUCGAGUCUCUCAGACCGCCUUUAGCGUCUUCAGCCUACUGUAAACCAGAUGCAUUUUUUUACAACAAAAAUGGCAACAUCCGGCAUCUCACAGGACAUAUGAAGAUGGUUAGUAAUGCCCACAGACUGCAGCUGCAACAAGUCACACACACACACACACACACACACACACACACACACACACACACACACACACACACACACACACACACACACACACACACACACACACACACACACACACACACACACCACACACACACCACACACACACACACACCACACACACACACACACACAAAACCUGUCCUGUGAAUUUAAAGUCGUUCGUUCUUCCAUCCAAACUCUCCAGACUGGCCUCAAGUAGAGAUCUUGAACCACUCAUUCAUAUUCUUCCACAAUAAGUUGCUGCCAAGUGUUUUUUUUUUUAAUGUUUUUAUGUGAAUAACACACCUCUUUGUUGUGUUCCAAACGUGAUCUCUGUAAGCUGUUUUACUGGAGCGGGGGAAGAUUUUCUAAAGGCACAAAAGCUAAAAUCAUAACAUUGCCUUCUCUUUUCUUUAUGGACAUUUUAUAUUCCGGCAGGCAGCUAAAUGUGAGUUUGUAACUGUUUGUGAUUGCCGACAAUAUUAGACAAAGCACCUUCUGUUGCCAAAUUGGUACAUUUUAAAAUAAAACUUGUAGUAAAUCUGAUUUUUAGGCAUAAUGGACAUUAUGUCCAUAUUAGAGGGGAUAUUUUUUUGCAUUCCUACCAUGUUAUUGUAAAUACUCGUAAAACUCUAAAACAAAUGUGCAGAUUCAUUAUACGACUAUUACGAUUGGUGCUGUAUCAUCUGGUAACAACAGAGACUUUUGUGCUGGUUCAGAGCCAUCUUCAUGCUUUUAUUAUUGGUGCCACGAACUGGAGAACCGAUCAACUUCAACACAAUAAUCAGCAUCACAGGUUCAACCACUAAAAAGAUGACCUGGAGAGAAAACCACGGUCUUCGGAAGUGGAUUUUCUUCGUGCAUGGCAUGUACAGCGUAUGUAUGUUUGUUGUAAUCGUCUAAAAUGUUGCUGUGGAUGUCAGUGAAUGUGUGUCAUGUUGUGGGAAUACGGAUCCCUUUUUUACCAUUGGAAAUGCUGAAAGUUUAGAAAGAUUGAUUUUAUUUUUGAAAAGAAAACAAGUUUGCAUAAAUUUCAAACAUGUUUUCUGUGUUUGACAGCUCUUUGAGGUAACGUACGAAAUGCACAGUCGGUGUUAAUGUGUAACGACUCUUUUCUUCCUUGUCAUUGUUGCAAACUAAUAAAUUAAAGCUCUAUAUUUUAUAAUAAAACAUCUUCUCUUUUGUUUGAC